AAAGAGUGGGUACAGGAACAUUGGUUCCAUCAUCCAGUUCUCUCUGUUCAUUAAUACUGCCGGCCUCAGUCUCUUCCCUCCGCUACAUCGCUAGUAGAAGUUCUUUCAUUCAGACGCCAGGUCGCUCACUUUAGUCAUUCAUUUCUGCUUCUCCUCGCAAGCAUCAUGUUCUUCAAUCCCAGAUCGCUCCUCCUGGGAGCUGCCGCACUCUUCAUGUCUGGCCUAGCCAAUGCUGCUGACUGCUCCAAUGGCCCCUGGACCAACGUAUUAUACAUUGGCGGCCAAGGAGGUGGUGAGUGGUGCAACACAAAGUAUGAUGCUGGUAUCGUCGUCACCGGCAUGGAGGUCUGGGCUUCCAACAAGGCUGUCCGCGCUGUCCAGCUCUACUAUAGCGACGGCUCCAACUCUGGUAUGGUGGGCAAGCUCGACGACAUAGGCGAGCACCAGCGUAUCGACUGGGACCCCUCCAAGGACAGCAUCUCGCAGCUCAAGACAUGGGGCAACGGUAACGGCAAGUACUUGGGCCGUGUCUACCUCCGUCUGAAGUCCGGCGGCGAGCUCAAUGUGGGCAAAGACACCGAUGGCCAGAACGUAUACGAGACGGACGUCCAGUCCGGCAUCAUGCUUGGUGCAUUCGGUCGCAGUGGCGACAGUAUCGAUGGUAUGGGAGUGCUCUUCCUCAAGAGCAAGGUCAGCAAGGUGACCAUCGAGGACGUCGCGUUUGCCGACAACGUCGACAGCCUCAACGAGCGCAUGCAAGGCCUCAACACCAUGAUCAUCGACUAUGCCGACCACAAGAACAACCAAGUCAACGCGACCGACGACUUCUCCUUCUCCAAGAAGCAGGCCCGCACCGUAACCAAGACCUACACCACCACCGCUGCCCUCACCUUCGGCAUCACCGAGGCCGUCGAAGUGUCCGGCGAGCUCCUCGGCAUUGGCGGCAAAUCCACCACAACCCUUAAGUUUGAGACCACUCUCACCGACUCGUCGAGCGAAGCCACCGCCGACACCGCUGAACUCACUUACCAGACCAGCACGACCGUGCCUCCGGGCGGCAAGGUGUACUGCCGCGCGACCGCCAUGUCUGGCGUGUACAAGGGCAGCUACUCCGCCAACGUCAAGAUCUGGCUCGAGGACGGUAGCGACUUCUCGUUCGCCCAGGGCGGCGAGCUCGACCAAGUGACGUGGAGCCAGGCGAGCAGCGAGUGCCAGAACGACCCUUUCACGGAUGAUCUGCCUACCGCUGAGGCGCCGAUCAGCAUCGAGAACUUGGACAAGCGCGCGAUGAAGUUCAUUGCAUAAAUGUGUUGUGCGUAUUGUUGGGGCGGUUGAUUGGGAAAGUGGUUUCUCUUCGUGUACUUUAUGAAAGCC